GCGGAGCCCCGCGCCGGCGCCGUGACGUCACGCCCUGGAGCUGCGGGCCGGGCCGGGCGGCGGCAUGGCGGAGAGCGAGGCGGAGACCCCGGGCACCCCGGGCGAGUUCGAGAGCAAGUACUUCGAGUUCCAUGGCGUGCGGCUGCCGCCCUUCUGCCGCGGGAAGAUGGAGGACAUCGCCGACUUCCCGGUGCGGCCCAGCGACGUGUGGAUCGUCACCUACCCCAAGUCUGGUACAAGCUUGCUGCAGGAGGUGGUCUACCUGGUGAGCCAGGGCGCCGAUCCUGAUGAGAUUGGCCUGAUGAACAUUGAUGAACAGUUGCCAGUGCUGGAGUACCCACAGCCGGGUCUGGACAUCAUCAAGGAACUGACAUCUCCCCGCCUCAUCAAGAGCCACCUCCCCUACCGCUUCCUGCCCUCUGACCUCCACAAUGGGGACUCCAAGGUCAUCUACAUGGCUCGCAACCCCAAGGACCUGGUCGUGUCUUACUAUCAGUUCCACCGCUCACUGCGGACCAUGAGCUACCGAGGCACCUUCCAGGAGUUCUGCCGGCGGUUCAUGAAUGACAAAUUGGGCUAUGGCUCCUGGUUUGAGCACGUUCAGGAAUUCUGGGAACACCGAAUGGAUUCAAAUGUGCUUUUCCUCAAGUAUGAAGACAUGCACCGGGACCUGGUGACCAUGGUGGAGCAGCUGGCCAGAUUCCUGGGUGUGUCCUGUGACAAGGCUCAAUUGGAGUCCUUGAUCGAGCAUUGCCACCAGCUGGUGGACCAGUGUUGCAAUGCUGAGGCCCUGCCCGUGGGCCGGGGAAGAGUCGGGCUGUGGAAAGACAUCUUCACCGUCUCCAUGAACGAGAAGUUUGAUCUAGUGUAUAAACAGAAGAUGGGGAAGUGUGACCUCAUGUUUGACUUUUAUUUAUAAUACCAGAAACCGCGAACUUGCAUGCUCACGGUCCCCAGACGCUCUACUAGCUAAAAGUCCUGUUUGCAUUCAUUUAUUCCUUGCUGGACACACUCUGGAAGCUGCUUGGAAACAGCAGGGGACGAGCCCAGUGGAGAGAGCGAGGAGUGUGAUGAUGCUGUCCGCAGCAGCCACCUGGCCUGUAGCAUUUGAGUCUCCACAUGGUGGCCAUGCCACAUGCACAGGCAGCGAGAAUGUCUGUCAUGUACCCCAUGUUACUCACUGUAUUUUAUAGCGCUUUUCACUGGAAAUCUAAAUAAAUAUCUGUCAACCAAA